UUUUGACGCGCACACUUCAUCAUUUUGGUCGAAGCAGAAAAGAGCUAUUGUGUAUGGUGUCGCAGUUGAUGAAGUUUAUUAAAUAACCUAGGCCUACUGACAUUGCCAUACAGGAGAAAGAGCCAUGGCACAGGGAUUAAAAGAACGAUUUGAUAAAUUUCUCCAGGAGAAGAAUCUUCUUACAGACCUUUUGGAGAAGAUUGAGACGAGAACGGGAGUGAAUCGGUCCUACAUUGCGCUCGCCAUCAUCGCCAUUAUUUCUAUUUAUCUCGUCAUUGGAUACGGAGCCUCGCUUCUAUGUAAUCUGAUCGGAUUCGUGUACCCAGCAUAUAUAUCGAUCAAAGCAAUUGAAAGUGCAACCAAAGAUGACGAUACAAAAUGGCUGACGUACUGGGUGGUGAAUGGAGUGUUCUGUGUGGCAGAGUUCUUUGCUGACAUCUUCCUCUUCUGGUUCCCUUUCUACUACAUGCUUAAGUGUGCAUUCCUGGUGUGGUGCAUGGCUCCCACCCCCUCCAAUGGCUCUGUGCUCAUCUACAACCGCGUCAUUCGUCCCAUUUUCCUGAAGAACGAGGCCAGGCUGGACACAUACGUGAAGGACUUCAAAGACGCCGCAUCUGAUGCUGCCGACAAGUUCAAGGAAGAGGCCAAGAAAGCUACAGCUAACAUCAUGUUCGAGGAGAAGAAGAGCGACUAAAGAAAUUUCCAGAGGAGCCACAAGCUCCAUAUCAAACGUAAACCUGGAGAGGAUGUCUGUCACACUCCUUGAUAUAUGUUGCCUUGAAGUUUUUUUUUAAGUGUUUAUUUUAUAAACAAAAACUGGAGGAUUGCCUUUGAGCCUGUUCACACUUCUGUAGUGUGUGAAGUUAAGAAAAACAAAAUAGGUCGAAGCGUUGUAACUAAUUUAAGAAAGCCUUUGAAGUUGCCCUUUGAAAUGUCAGCCGGACUAUUUCGUAACAUUUAAAUUGUAUUUCCUAAUGCUGAACGUCACUUUUUUUUGUUGUUCAUGUGCUAUGCUUAUCUAAAUAAAACAAAACCAAUCAUGGUUUUUACCUGUA